AUGAGUAUUAUGGGCAGAAGUCCUGACCCUAGGCGCGAGUCGCGACGAUGGCGAGAUCCUCUGGAGAAGGCGUUGCGACCGGAGAAUAUAAUACUCAGAGAAAGCAACACAAGCGAAGCGAAAACGGCUGACGCUCUUCUGCUUCUUGGGAGAGCCAUCGAGCAGUGUGGAAUCGAAAACGAGAUUGCGACGUUUCUGAAGAAGAAGUUUGACGAGAAACAUGGUGAGCUUCUCAUCAAAGCUAACUAG